GCCAUGAAGUGGGCAGUGAGUCAAGAGGUAGACAUCAUCUCGAUAAGCUGGGCUAUUGAACCACUCGAGGAUUGCAAGGACAAGAGGGGGAUAGCACCGCACGAUGCCCUCACGCUGGCGACCGAAAGGAACAUUCUCCUCUUCUACGCCCACCCGGACACGGCUCCCGAGUUAACCGUGAAUACCACAUCUCCGAAGCAGCUGGUGGCCGCGGAGACGCUGUUCUGCAUCGGUGCGGCGAUGGAAGACGGGCAGCGCCGGUGCAAAAUAGACAAAACCGACGAUUUGUGCGACUUAUGAGUGGCACAAGUCACGGUACAGCGGGAGCUCGCUCUCGUGCGCCCUCACCGCCGGACUGACCGCCAUGAUCCUGCAGCGGGACGGGAUGAGCCAGGUUCUGCAAAGUAUAAACGUCGACCGGCCCGCCACCGGCAAAGGCCAGUGGCUGGGCGUAGGCAGAUUGUUCGACAAGGGUGCCAGUGUUGAGUCGUCCCAGGACGGCGGUGGACCAUCGGUGAUGCUCAAGUCGCUGAGGGAGGAUGUUGUCUCCAGACCGCUUGCGAGAGUGCCCGCCAGCAUACACACGAGCAGCCGAUCAAGGUCACCGGGGAGAAGGCUGCGGUGAAGGAGGGG